AAUAUUAUAUAACAAUCCCAUUCCCAGACGCAACAAUUGACUUAAAUCCCUUCCCUCGUAGCAAGUAAGUAUACUUGAAAGUGAAAAUAAGCGAAUUGCGGGAUCAGAUUAGUUUUGAACUUCAUUCUGAGAAGGAAUAAGUGAAAGAUAAUUAAAAAUGAUUAAAAGUGUAUUGGUGAUAUUUUUCUCGUUCAUCGUAUGUUCUGUUUAUGGAUAUUCUACCGGCGCUCCAAAAGAAGCAUGUGACGAUAUGAAGCCGCAACAUCCAUACGACCCGAAGACGACCAAAUUUCCUUAUAAUGUAACAAUUAGUAAAUUAGAUGCGCAGCAGGGCGAGACCUUAUUAGUGAGAGUUGCCGGGGGGAUGGAGCCCCAAUUUAAGGGAUUCCUAGUGCAGAUCAGGGAUAAGAACGGUCCUGUGGGAUCGUUUUCAAUCCCCUCCAGUAAUAAGCUUGCACAAACCUUAGAUUGCGGCUCCAAGACGAACGCUGUAACACACACAUCAGCCGAUCUAAAGGAUGCAGUCGAAUUUGAUUGGACUGCGCCGUCCAAUUAUAAAGGAAAGUUAACUUUAUUUGCCAGUGUUGCAAAAGACGGAGCAGUUUUCUGGGCGAAACAGGAGGCCAACAGUAUUCAAGUUUCUUAAAUAAGGAAAACGAAUAAAAAAAAUUUUGUUUUCCAUUAUUUACUAUGAUUAAUACCUACAUUCGCCAAACCAAGUACAAUAGAAUCAUGUAGAAUUACCUAUCGUAAUAUGUUACCACACAAAUAAAUUAAAAUACAGUUUCA